GCUUUACGGCUCAAGGCUGCUUUUUACGGCAUUUUUCGACUUCCCAUUCACUUCGCAGUGAAGAUGGCGUCGGGCAGCGGGACAAAAAACUUGGACUUUCGCCGAAAGUGGGACAAAGAUGAAUAUGAGAAGCUCGCCGAGAAGAGGCUCACGGAAGAGAGAGAAAAGAAGGAUGGAAAACCAGUGCAGCCCGUCAAGCGGGAGCUUCUCCGGCAUAGGGACUACAAGGUGGACUUGGAAUCCAAGCUUGGGAAGACAAUUGUCAUUACCAAGACCACACCACAAUCUGAGAUGGGAGGAUAUUACUGCAAUGUCUGUGACUGUGUGGUGAAGGACUCCAUCAACUUCCUGGAUCACAUUAAUGGAAAGAAACAUCAGCGAAACUUGGGCAUGUCUAUGCGUGUGGAACGUUCCACCUUGGAUCAGGUGAAGAAACGUUUUGAAGUCAACAAAAAGAAAAUGGAAGAGAAGCAGAAGGAUUAUGAUUUUGAGGAAAGGAUGAAAGAGCUCAGAGAAGAGGAGGAAAAGGCCAAAGCCUACAAGAAAGAGAAACAGAAGGAGAAGAAAAGGAGGGCUGAGGAGGACUUGACAUUUGAGGAGGAUGAUGAGAUGGCAGCUGUGAUGGGCUUCUCUGGCUUUGGUUCCACCAAGAAGAGUUACUGAGGCUUUCUAUGCUUGGCCUUUUGCUGGGCCUAACUUUGUGUGUGUGGGGGUCAUUUUUUGGGGGGUACUUGGGAAAGUCCUUAAGAAUGACAAUGGGGAGGGCUAGAGGGUGGGCGUUUGUGGUUUCCCUCUACCUUGGGAGAGAGCACAGGAUGCAGAGGUAAUGCUGUGGCGUAUUUCUUCAGCCUCAGUAUAUCACUGGCGUCACAGGACCUCUGCCUACCUGAGUUCCCAAUAAAUAAAAGCCUCCUCUUCUGAGGCUGCUUUCCCAAAACUCCCCCUGCAUCUUUCCUUUUUCAUCUAUCUAAUCUCUUCUCUGAGCAUCCUACAUUUAUCCUGUGUUCUGCUUUUGUUUUAAUUUUGAUUCUUGCUUAGCCUGCAGCAGAAGGGUUCUGAGUCCCCAGUUUCCGGUUGAUAGCAUAUUCUUGACCAGCACCCCUUUCCCCAAUGCCCCUGUGGUUCUCUGGCCACCUGUGCAUGCAUGUGUACUUCUGCCUGGGUCAGUGGUGUGUGCAGGUGUGUGUGCAUGAAUCUGUCACAUAGAGGGAGCCUGAGCAAGAACCUCAGAGCAUUGCUGCCUUGGGGCCUGAUGUUCUUAGCUUCCUCAGAGCAUGUAACAGGAAAUUAAAUGGGAUGAGUGGUGUGGUUUUUGUCUGGUGAGUUUUUUAACUUUUGUUCUUCAUAUGUAAACUGUUCGGGUUUUCCUGUUUGUUUCAUUUUAUUGAGGAUUACUCUGUUUUUGUCUUCCUUGUGAGCAGGCUCUUGGAAGAACCUGUUUGAUGCAAAAAAGAAAAAGAAAAAAAAACCUCACAUGGGAGCCCUUGGGUCUCAGAGGCUGUUCAACCUAUAUAAUAAAUGGCAUUGGCUGGGCCUAUUUUACAUUUGGUUGGGAACAUUCCA